CGUCAGCUUGCAAGCUUGCUCUUUGAGCUGGGAUGCACCAGCUCUGCCCUACAGAUAUAUGAGGAGUUGGAAAUGUGGGAAGAUGCAGUAAUCUGCUAUGAAAGAGCAGGACAGCACGGAAAGGCGGAAGAAAUACUAAGGCGGGAGAUAGAGAAAAAGGAAACACCGGGAUUAUAUUGUUUGCUUGGUGAUGUUCUUAAAGACCACCAGUAUUAUGACAAAGCCUGGGAGCUCUCCAGGCACCGCAGCGCCCGCGCCCAGCGCUCCAAAGGCCUCCUUCAUCUCCGCAACCGGGAAUUCAGGGAAUGUGUGGAGUGCUUUGAACGUUCAGUGCAGAUCAACCCUAUGCAGCUAGGUGUAUGGUUUUCCUUGGGCUGUGCAUACAUUGCUUUAGAAGGCUACGAAGGUGCUGCCAAAGCAUUUCAGCGCUGUGUGACGUUGGAACCAGAUAACACUGAGGCCUGGAACAAUUUAUCAACUGCUUAUAUCAGAUUAAAACAGAAAAUCAAAGCAUUUCGAACACUCCAAGAAGCUCUCAAGUGCAACUAUGAGCACUGGCAAAUAUGGGAGAACUAUCUUCUCACCAGUACAGAUGUGGGAGAGUUUUCAGAAGCAAUUAAAGCUUAUCACCGGCUCAUGGACUUAAGAGAAAAGUACAAGGAUACACAG